ACUUUUUUAUUUCCCGCUAAAUUACAAAUAAAACUUGAUCAAGACCCUUGGAAAGAUCUCUGAAUUUUAUUCAUUUACAAAUCUAUUGCAAAAGAUGCUUAGAGGCAGAGAAAGCCUGAUUCGAAUGGUUGGGAAACGUCGCAGGAUCGAAUCGCACGACUUAAUUCUUUCUCAGACUAACGCUCAGGUAGCUUCUGGUCAAACAGAUACAGACUCGAAUACAGAAAAUACAGCAUGUGUAAAAGAUGAUUUUGUGAAUAUUAAAAUGGCUUCAUUUCCACAUGGAAAUUUAAAUGGAGACGUUGAAGGUGAUUAUAUGAGUUCUGUGUGUAACACUGACGAUAAAGACUGGGUUUUAUGUCCAGUUUGUGGAAAGAGCAUACAGGGAAGACACAUAAUCAUAAACGAACAUCUUGAUAUCUGCCUUAGGAGAGGAUCUAAAAGAAAACUUACUCAGCGCACGCUACUUCAAUUCAAUGUUGGAUUAAAUUCCAAAGAGAAGAGUGGUGCAGAUAAAGAUAUCAAGAAACAGAAUAUGGACAAGAAACUUGUAUCUGAUGCUAUAGAUGCUGCAAUGCUGUCUCCUAUCUCAAAAACAGUAAGCAAUGUUAAAAAAGAAACUGUUAGUUUGAAUGGAAGUACUAGAAAAUGUGACUCAAAAAUUUCACCUAAUAUGAAGUACAUUACUUCAAAAACAUCCAUGAGUGUUGAUUUAGAUAAGACAAUGGAAAUGAGAAUGGCUGUUGAGGAUUUUAGCAGCAAAAUUCUUAUGGAAACUUCGUCUAUCCUCAGUGAAGAAGAUAUAGGGUACAGGGACAUGCUAUUAGAUAAUCAAACAGAAGUAUAUGAUUUGGCAGGGUUUAAGGCAGCUAAAAGAGCAGUAGAGAGUAUAAAGACCUUGGGUGAAAGUAGCAAGGUUCAUGAAUCCUGGACCAUGAAUUAUAAUUGUGACAGAGCUUCUGCGUACAAUGGGUUGGAUACCAUGUUAUCUACUUUAAAUGAAGAAGAUGGGGCUUAUGCCUCAAAAGAUAGUUUAAGUGGUCCAAGAUUUUCCCUCUUAGAAAAGACAGACAUGAUUGCUAGUUCUUCGGAUGCACAAGAUGGAAUGCGUAAUGAGCACAUGAAUCUUGAAAAUUUCACCAACAAUUUGUUUCUUGGGAUGUUAGAUACAUUUAUUGUUGGCCGCAAGUUCAACCGGGAAAGCAAGGUGGAGCAGGGAGCAAGUAUUUCAGUCAUGAGAGAUUUACAGAAUCCCAAGGAUAAAAAUGCCAUCAAGGUAACUUAUCAAGGUUCUGAAUGUGGACCUGCACUUGGUCACCUUCCACGAGAAUUGGCUCUCCAUCUUUCUCUUCUUCUUGAUAAUGGCAGCUUAGAGGUCCAGGGCACCAUCACAUCUAUUCCAGAUAAUUCUUUUGCUCCAGUACCUAUAAAGCUUUUUUGUCAGAAGAUACAGACCAGUGAUCAAGAAGACUUUCAAAAAGAAAAGCUGCUCAAGUCUUCUUGGAUGAAAGUUGUUCACACAGUUAAACUAUUGAACAGUUUUCCAUCAGAUACUCCCAAGUAUCAAAGAAACUUUAAAAUAAUGAUUCAAACUGUACUGCAACAUCACUCUUACUUGUUGAUUGAUGAUGAGAAGUCUUUGUUAGAAUCUUUUCAGUCCUUGUCAGGUGAUGCGCAAAGGCUUUUUAUUCGGCUCUAUCAACGGAAAGGGUUCCUCCCUUGGGGUGCUGGAUCUGGGACCAGUUUGAACCCGGUUCAGAUUUGGGUUCGGUUCUUCUGCGGGUUUGAGCAGGGUCCGUGGUUUCGUAUCUCAACUAUUUCUUAUUCUGAUAUUGCUGAUUCAAAAUCAGCGUGUGAGGAGCUGAUAGUGGCUGGCUAUUUCAGCUCUUCAGAAUCUGAAAUGGAAAGCUUUCAAGAUGUAAUCAAGGAGAUGUUUGCAGUGCUUUCUUUGCCUGAGCUCAGACAAUUAGUUAGCGUGGGACUUCUGAAGACGAAGAGUGAAGUGGGCUCAGCUAAAAAGGAUGAACUUCUACAGCAGUUGUUUUCUGCUGCUAACCAGAAAAGAGAGAAAUAUCUGAUGGGUGCUUCAGGUGGUGCUCCAUCAUUGUAUAACCUCUUUGCUGAAGUAGCUGGAUGCUGCAUAAAGAUAUCUGAUUUAGCAGGAUUUAUUUUGUGGCGAGUCCAGAGAUUGUUUUUCCUAAAUGGAGAGCAAGACCUUUCUGCCUUUUUACUGGUUGAUAUGGGAUUGAAGAAGUAUCCAGAUUAUAGCUGCAACCAAAACCAAUGUAUCUUUUCAAAUCGUGCUGAUUUGCUUUCAUAUGAACAGGCUUUAGCAGUAGCUCAAAUCAUGGAUAUGGCUCUUGAUGCUAAUGACAUGCCCAAGGUCACAAAAUGUAUAGGAAUAUCUAGCACUUACCUUGAUAAGCAGAAAAUGGACAAGAACUUGCAGACUGGAUUCCACUCCAUCUUCCUUGCUCACUUCUCAGCAGCGUGGGUUCACACUAAGAUUCUUACAUUGGGUGUUUCGGUCCUUGAGCAUGAACGCAGGUAUGAGGAAGCAGUUGAAUUACUGAAGAGCCUUUUAAGUAGAAACUGCUGUCCUGGACAACGAGGCUAUUGGACUCUCAGAUUGUCGGUAGAUUUGGAGCAUAUGGGGCAGAUAGAGGAAAGUCUGGCAGUGGCAGAAAAAGGUAUUGGUGAUACCUGGGUUCGAGCUGGUGAUCAAAUGGCACUUCAAAGAUGCAUCCUACGGUUAGGCAAGCCACCUAGAAGGUGGAAGAAACCAUCAUUUGCAAAGGCUGUGGGCAGAAAAAUCAAAGAGGUCUUUGUCAGGGGCAGACCUCUUAAUUCUGUUAUAGGAGCAAAAAGCAUAUUUUAUGGAUAUGAUGGGCAGCAGUGCAGUGUAGAAGAACUAGCUCUUCAGUAUUAUGCUGGAGAGCAAGGCGGAAGCUGGCAAGGAGUGCAUUCAGAAGGUAGCAUUUGGACGACAUAUUUUGGCCUCCUUAUGUGGGAUGUCCUCUUUUCUGCUGUUCCAGAUGUUUUUUGGACUCCAUUUCAGACUGCACCGCUUGACCUACGAACAGAUUCCUUUUACCCAAGUAGAGAAUCUCUCAUAGAAAAGCAAUUGAGCAAAAUACAAAUGGGCAAGGCAGAUGAAAUAUUGGCUUCGUCAUGGGAGGCAUACUAUGGAACUUCUUGCCAAGGAGUGAAUUGGGAACGCUUUUCUCUAACAGAUCUCCAAACCAUUGCUUCGUGUAUUGGAGGACCUGGUUUAGCUGCUGUUUGUAAGCUUCUAGCAGAAGAUUAUGGCAGCUGGUCAUCAGGCAUGCCAGAUCUUUUGCUUUGGCGCACUUUUUCAGAUAAGGAAGAUCUUCCUUGUAUGGAAUGUUUCCAUUUGUUGUCUCAUGGUGAAAGCUCAGAACCUUGGAGUUGCUGUUGUCAGGAUACAGCAAAGAAACUUGGAAUAGUUGGAUCAAGAGGAGAAGCCAAACUGGUAGAAGUGAAAGGUCCGAGGGACCAACUUUCAGAGCAGCAGCGUGCAUGGAUCUUGGUUCUCAUGGAUGCUGGCCUUUCCACCGAGGUCUGCAAAAUUACUGAACUGCCCAAGGAGACUGAAUGAUUGACCUAUCUUUGUAUGAUUAACUUAUUAUUUCGCAUGGGUGUGUAUGCACAUGCCCCUUAACCAACCAUAUAAUCCAUUUAUAGCCAAUUAUAGAAAACAUUUAUUCUUUAAUUUGUUCUAAUUCAGAAUAUUUAGAUGCCAUCAAGUUUGAUGCGAUCGUCCAGUCAUGUCGAGGUUUUUAAUUCAAAAGAAUGGGUUGCAAAUCUUUCAUAAUGAAUUAUAACAAGUUUGCAACACAAGAAUAAUCAUUCAUGAAGUCUACAUCUCAUUGGCUCUUUGUGGAUGAAUGUAUGAAUUAGCUAGAAUCCCCAAAUGUUUGCAAAUUGGUGACAUAUAUAUCGAGCAGGUUGCCUUCCCUAACUAUUAUAAUAAAAAAACCAAACGCUUGUGGAUGAUUAACAUGUA